UGGUUUAGCGGUCGGCCCCAGCAUUCCCUCUCUGCCUUGUGCCCUCUUCCUCUCCAUCCAAAUUCUUCUCAGAACAUCACUUAAUUCUUCCUUCUUUCUUUCUUUCUUUCUUUCUAGUAUUAAUUAAUAAUAUUAUUAUUGAUGUAUAUAUAUCCCCGGUAUCUAAGCAAAGAAGAAGAAUAAAAAGCCCUUUGCCCUCUUCAACUUUAAUUUCCUGUGUGUGAGAGAGAAAGACCUUAGCUUGCUUCAUCUUCUUCUUAUUCUCUUCUUGUUCUUUCCAUAGAGAAGAGUAGAUCAGAGACACAUCAUCAUCAUCAACAUCAUCAUCAUCAUCAUCAUGAUGUCGAGCUGCAGCAUGGAUGCUGGACCUGAGCAACUGUGCUACAUACCCUGCAACUUUUGCAACAUUGUUCUUGCGGUGAGCGUUCCAUGCACCAGCUUGUUCGACAUGGUAACGGUUCGAUGCGGUCACUGCACCAAUCUCUGGUCCGUAAACAUGGCUGCGGCCUUUCAAUCACUCUCAUGGCAAGAUCUUCAGGGCCCUGGGCAGUGCAAUCAGGAGUAUAGGAUUGACACAAAUAUUAAUAUGAAUAAUGGUGGCUCCUCUUCCAAAUGCAACAAUAGUAGUAGGCUUGCAUCAAUGCGUGCACCUACCAAUCAUGUUACUCAGGAAAGGGCUGUCAACCGCCCACCCGAGAAGAGGCAGCGCGUACCUUCUGCUUAUAAUCAGUUCAUAAAGGAAGAGAUCCAGAGGAUUAAGGCUAAUAAUCCUGAUAUCAGUCACAGAGAAGCAUUCAGUACUGCAGCAAAGAACUGGGCACAUUUUCCUCAUAUUCAUUUUGGGCUAAUGUUGGAGGAGAAGCAUUUGAUGUCAAGGGCUGCACCUGCACUGUUGAAUAAAUGA